GGUCAAGUUUCCCUUGUUAUGGCACAUACGACAGCUUCUUCGAUUUAUUCUGCAGCUGAAGACGUUCCUCUUAUUUUAGCACCACAAUUUUCUGCUUUAAAAUCUAUAACAUUAUCUCAAGAUUUUAACCUUGAUCUGCCUCAAGUAAAAAAUCAUGAUUUUCAGUUAGAACGACAAAUUAUUGCAGAAUCCGAAAGAUAUAAACAAGAGAAUGCUACAUUAACGCAACUCCGUGCUCAAAAAUUACAGGCACUUCAAGAGGAACGAAUUCGUAAACAAAAAGAAGAAGCUAGAAAAAUAGCUCCAGGAUUUUUGGAUACAAAUUUGAGAAUUUUAACACCAGUUCCAGUAAAUAAUACACAAAGAAAGACCAGUCAACAGGCAGAGAGCGGAAAUAAUAUAAUCAAUGUUAGCGAAAAUGUCAUAGAUGAACAGAAAGUACAUGUACGAUCUGCUUCGGAUGAUAUGGUAUUACAUGGGAAGAUGAAAUCGAAGGAGGAGGGAGAUGAGACUAAACCAGUGAAAUCCUUUUAUUCGGAAUUUGAGGAUCCCCCUAGAAAACCUUGGGAACAAUCAAACAUAAUUCAAGAUGACAUAUCAAUUUUUAUUAGGUCACCAAUAUCGUCCAAUGAAGCUAACAAUCUUGUUGCGAAUGGAGGUGUAACUGGAUCUUCUAAUUUUUUGGGAACCUCCGCUAAUCAUGAUAUGAUGGUUACUAACCAAAACCAUCCAAGGUCAUUUCAUGCGUCACCACUCCUUCAACCUUCUGUAGGAGCACCUUUACCAUCUCAAUUAUCCAAUCAGACUUUUGCUCCGGACCUUCUAUCAAAUAAUCUUGCCAAUCUACAAAUUUCUCAAAAUACACCUUUAAAUAUUCAUAACAAUACGACUCCACCCGUUAAAAGUUAUUCGGCUCCAUCGUCUAGUCAAGAGCGUCGUCCUUUACUUCAACCAUAUUCUACCCCUCCUAUUCCUCCUAAAGAGGUAUUGCCUACAUCAUCGUCUUCUCCUAAAAAUGAGGAGCAUGAUAGUGAUGAUAAUUCUGAUUUAAUAAACAAAUUUAUUAACAUGGGAUUCACAAAAGAGCAGGCUAUUGACGCGUUAGUAAGACAUGAUUACGAUCUUCAAAAGGCAACUAAUUAUUUAUUAGAUUUACAAUAAUUUUUAUUAUAAUAAUAAUAAGUAUAAGUGUUUA